UUAGUUACCUGGAACGUCGGCACAGCUUCUCCACCUCCUGAUGUCACUAGUUUACUUCAGCUCGAUUCACUGGGCCCAACUAUGGAUAUGUAUGUUAUAGGCUUACAGGAGGUGAACUCAAGAAUCACAAAUUUUCUGUCUGAUAUGGCAUUUGAUGAUCCGUGGAGCAUUUUUUUCAUGACUGUGUUGUCUCCAUUGGGAUAUAUCAAGCUCUCCUCUGUUCGCAUGCAGGGUUUACUGCUUCUGAUCUUUGUGAAGCAUGUCCACCUUCCUUUCAUACGGGAUAUCCACACCCACUACACACGCACGGGCCUGUAUGGAUACUGGGGGAACAAAGGAGGAGUCACCAUUCGCAUGUCCCUCUAUGGUCAUACAGUUUGUUUCAUGAACUGUCACUUGCCAGCUCACAUGGAGAACACAGAGCAGCGACUAGAUGACUUUGAGAAAAUUCUGGAAAUGCAGUUUGAAGGAGAGAAUAUUCCAAGUACCUUAGAUCAUGAUGUUCUCUUCUGGUUUGGAGAUCUAAACUUCCGGAUAGCAGAUUAUGGCAUACAUUUUGUCCGAGAAUCAAUAAAUAACAAACGUUACAAUCUGCUGUGGGAAAAGGACCAGUUAAAUAUGGCAAAAAAGAAGGAAGCAUUUCUUCAGGACUUCAUAGAGGGUCCUCUGCAGUUUAAACCCACCUACAAGUUUGACCUUUAUUCGGAUGUGUAUGAUACAAGUGAGAAGAAAAGAAAGCCAGCAUGGACUGAUAGAAUACUUUGGAGAGUGAAAAAUCUUUGCCAGAAUGCAUCAAAAGAAGGCAAAUUCUCUGAGGAAGAACAGACAAUUUCUGUUACUUUGAAUAACUAUAUCAGUCACAUGAGCUAUGGCAUCAGCGAUCACAAACCUGUUACGGGAACUUUUGGGCUUGAGUUGAAGCCUCUUCUAUCAGAUCCUUUGGUCACACUGAAUCCUGAGGGCGAGUGGAGUGCGGAACACGAUGUUCUAAUCAGCUAUUCUGCAGUUCCUGAAUUCCCGAGCAGUGCUUGGGACUGGAUUGGACUCUUCAAGGUGACUUUCAGGCAUACGAAUGACUAUGUUACUUAUGCUUGGGUAGAAGAUGAUGAAGUUUCUUCUAACAAAGACAGUAAACAAGUUUACAUGAGUGCUGCAGAAAUACCUGAUCUGGGAGGAGAAUUUUUGCUUGGUUAUUAUAGCAAUAAUUUGCAGUCAAUAGUUGGGAUCAGCCAGCCUUUUCAGAUUCAGCCUAAUAGAACAUUAAUAGAAAAGGAUCUGACGCAGGAAGAGAACAGCUGGACGCAGAAACCUGACAAUCCGGAAUCGCAUAAUGAGUUCUGA